ACCGAGGUGCUCCCUGGCUGAGACGGCGUGGACGAACGGCCAGACCAACUCGGGCGGCAGCUGCUGCAGCGCACACACUGGAGAAGAAGGGUGACGAGGUGUCUCAUACUUCAUCGAUGUGUCUUGGUUCUGUACCUCCGGGAUAAGCGCUUGAAUGACACUCUGGCAUCCUACGCGCUACAACCAGAGUGUGCCGGAAAAGGACUUCUACAAAUGAGACCUGUCCUUCGAUCGAUGACUCGUUGGCUCAUCCCACACACUCACUCACUCACUCGUGUGUGCCAGCAUCCACCCUCUUGUCGUUCAUGUGUGUGCGACUGUCCGUCUGUCUGUCUGUCUGUCUGCAUGUUGGUGUAUCGCUCAUUCAUUUCAUUCGUCUCUCUUAUUCGUGUGCCGCCAAACACGCCUGCACGCUGGAAAUCAUCGACCUGACCGGACGCACAACAGACAGACAUGUCUAUGUGUGUCUGUGUAUGUCGAGCGUAUGUACAUGAAUCGCUGCAUCAUUUGUUUGGACUGUUGUGCGAUGGCCUCCUUUCUGUCUGUCUGCCGCUCUGUCUCGCCGUCGACGGCCUCGACAGACACUGACACCGACUCGACCAGACUUUGGAAACUAUCACAUCACACAGAAUGUGCAUUGAUGACACGAGUGAGUGAUGGCGGUGAUGUGUCAAGUGUGAGUGACCCUCGAUUGAUUACAUACCGCUCUUGGAACAGCUUGAGGCCCUCAUCGAAGUCAGCACGCCUGCACACACACACACACACACACACACACAGUCACAUCACACACAUCACACGCACACAGACAGUCAGACAGAGACACGUAUAUUCAUGACGUGAGUUUCUCCCCCCUCCCCCUCGAUCUGUGUCUGUCUGCCCGUACGUACCAAGCUUCGAUGGCGGAUGUGACGUCAGACGUGACUGCCAUCUCACCGCCCCCGCCGCUGGCCUCAUCCGUCAAUGCUAUGGUAUGCUCUCCCUCGUCAUUGGUGGGGUGGUCGUGGUCGUGAUGGUCAUGCUGCUCGUGGUUGUUGUGUGAGGCCAUGGCGUCAUCAUCGUCAUGGCUGUGCUGCUGCUGCUGCUCGGGGUGGUGCUCUUGAGACAU